AUGGGUGACAAAUUCCAGGAAGGCGACAGAGUUUCGUACAAGCCGGUCGGGGGCAAGUACUACACCGAUGCUGCCUCCUCUUGCCCCGACUCGAACACUUCAAUCAGUACGGGAAUCAUCCUCUCAGUCCUCAAACAAGACACUGAGAUGGAUGGCCGCACGAUGCACGCCAACCCAAAUCAUGUUCGCUAUGAGAUUGAGAACGUGAACACCGGCAAGGCGGCGGCCGUCUUUGAGGAGAACAUCAUUGAAGUGGUUGGCGACGACGAGGUUGUUAAGGGCCGGCCAUAG